AUGGGACGUUGGACACAGUAUGACGAGGAUGAAUACAGGCUCCCGGAGGGUGUGAAGCGUAUUGGAUACGAUGCUGAUUCGGGAAGGUACCUCUUUCGUAGUGGAGGGAGCAUAUGGCAGGGACCUGUGGGCGCUGAGUAUGGCGAGUUGACGAAAGUUGAUUCGGUGCCAUCAACAGUGACAGUAGCUGGUUCUUCGAGCUUAGAAGGGAUAGAUGAUAUCUUUGACACAGACGAUGGUGAAGAUGAAAGCAGCGGCCGACGUGGAGAUGAUGUGGAAGCUUCGCCCAGGACGAGAAGCCGGGGCUACCAGCUCCUGUCCGAUGACCACAACCGCACUAUCGUACCUCGUACCGCACAAAGUAGCAAAGGUGCCAACACCCGAAUGGGCGCAUACCGGACACUCUUUCCUUUCUUUCUCAUCAUCGCUGUUCUUCUGCUACUCAUGUGGCGACUUCUCAUAUCGCCUUCCCUAUCAUCCCCACCGCCAGCCUCGAAAAAAUGCCCUGAGGGCACGUUGUCCCGAUGGGUGCAACCGGGCGAUAGCUGUUGGGAGCUUGCAAAAGAGAGCGGGUGGACGUUGGAAAAAUUCAAGGAGGUCAACUCCAAGGUUGUGUGCGAUCCGCUAAUGCCGGGUACCUCCAUCUGCCUACCGCCAUCGAAACAAAAGAUGGAGAGGAUGAAGAUGAUGCAAAGACAACAGCUACCACAACAACAGGCCAAGCGUGGGCAGCAACAGAAAAGGCGAACCUGA